CUCGCAGCAGGUCUUCACGCUGGUCUUGGAAUGCAGUAGGCUAUUGGCGAAAAGAUUGGUAAAUGAACAUCGUUGAUCCAGUUUUAAUGCUCAAUGCUACACUGAAGCUUUUACAGCGCCUGGAAUUAAAGCAGCGCAUCAUUUAACCCUCUGCUGAAGAUGAAUGAAUGAACUAACUAACGAGGAGGCAAGUGAUGCUGGUGCUGUGCAGUCGGUGAUAUUCCUAAAAGCUUUUGUUACAACGAUCUGGCGUUAAGAUGUUUCCGUCGUGCUAUUCAAAGCCCAAGAAUGGGUCUCAGUUUAAGAUGUCUUACACCAAAGUGAUUUUUGGUGUGCUGGUGGUGUACGUUCUCCAUACAUGCUGGGCCAUAUACGGCUUCAUUCAAACCAAACCCUGUGACAGUUCCAAAGGAGACAGCUGCGUUUCAUCUUAUCUCACCCUUAAACCUCGACUGCAGCUGAGCGUCUAUUACACCCUGGACCCCAGUGAUGAGUCUGGACACAACCUUCUGUUCAAAGUUGACAGAUUUGACAUCAACCACAAGUUUGAAAGGAAGGUGAGUGUCACCCUUCCUGAGAUAACCCAUAAAAAUGGGACAGUCCAUGCGGUAGUGUUUGUACACAAGAGCGGAGUGUCACCAUGGAAAGACAACAGACACGUGCGGCUUGUGACCCGUCUCACGUCUCAGAUGACCCCUCUUCAGUCUGCAACCACCACGAGCACACAGGAGACACCAAAGGAUCGGCGGAUUGCUUCAUAUUGGAGAUCAUGUCUUACCUUGAACCUAAUGAAUGAGGACUUUAUCUUCAGCAACUCUGGGGUUCCCAGUGACCUGCGGCGGUAUAUGAAAAUAGUUGAAGAUGGAAAACGGGAAAAGAAGAAAUUGUAUCUGCCCCUAUUACUGGUCGAUGAAUUGAGGAGCCGAUUGAAAGACUUGAUUCCGAUCAACAGGACCACAAAAGCAGUGCCACUGACAGUAUCAUAUGAUGCCAUCACCUUACGCAAAUUCAGACUAUGGAUUCACAUACAUGCUGUCAUAUAUUCCCUCAAACAUUUUGGAUUUUCCGAGCAGAGCCUUGAUGAAAUCAAAGCCAUGUUUGUGGAGAGCGGUCUGCAUGUGUUGGCUUUGUCGGUCCUCCUCCCUGCCUUCCACCUUUCAUUUGAAGUCUUUGCCUUUAAGAAUGACAUAAAGUUCUGGAGAGAAAAGAAAACUUUAGCAGGCAUUUCCAGGAGAUCAGUGUUUUGGAGAUGUUUUAGCACCAUUGUAAUUUUCCUCCAUCUGCUAGAAGAACAAUCUAGCUGGUUAAUUCUGCUUCCCACUGGAAUAGCAGCUCUGAUUGAGUUAUGGAAGGUGAAUAAGGUCAUAGCACUUUCACCCCAAUUUCAUGAUGAAAAAUUGGAUGAUUAUGAGCGAGCAACAGAAGAAUUUGAUUCUAAGGCUAUGAAAUUCUUGUCAUACCUGAUGUAUCCGUUGUGUAUCAGUGGAGCUAUAUAUUCAUACUUAUACCUCCAAAACAAAAGUUGGUAUUCCUGGAUAACUAAUGGCCUUAUUAGUGGUGUUUAUGCAUUUGGAUUUCUGUCGAUGGUUCCUCAGCUCUUCAUUAACUAUAAGUUAAAAUCAGUGGGUCACCUGCAGAUGUCCACCUUAAUGUAUAAGGGCUUGAACACAUUCAUCAGUGAUGUGUUCAGUGGUAUAAUAACAACCCCUGGACCACAUCAGCUGGCCUGUUUCAGAGAUGAUGUGGUCUUCCUCAUCUACCUCUAUCAGCGCAGGAUUUAUCCAAUGAGCAAGUCCAGGUCACGUGAUUACGGGACGUCACACAGGAAGAAAUCAAAAGGAAAGGCACACGAGGACUAGGCGCCUGCAGCAUUCUUCGAGAGCUUGUGCCAUUCAUGCAUGUAAUACAGAAGAAAUGCUAAGGACACAGAAGAGGGGCGUUACAGUUGCCCAAAGACAUUUACUGUAUUUUUGCAACAAGCCUGCUUUCUGCUGUACAGUUGUACGACUCAGUAUUUUAUACAGUACGGCUGAAGUGAAUAAUUUGAGCACGAAUGCUUUAUAUAAAAUUGUGUAAAUGUAUUUCACACUGACUCAGGCCUGCAAACCACUUACAGUAAUGUAAGCUCCAAAGGAAAUUACAGCUUCAUCCUCCAAUGCUAUUCAGGAAGAAUGAAUGAAAUGACAAUACCAGUAAUUUUCUACUUAAAAGACUCAGUGUUCGAAAAUAUGUGAACCCAGGGACAAACAUGUUGGGUAAGUUUGGUCACCAAGACUUGAUCCACUAGUCAAAUGUACCAUCUGCAUUUGCUGUUUUGCAUCGAAUACACAAAUAUAUAUGCAAAGGCUUCUCAGACAUAAACUGUAAAAUCCUUACAUUUUUAAGUUUGAUCAACUUAAAAUUACAAUUCAACUUUCUUGACUACACUGUAAAACAUAAAAGUUGUAUCAACUUAAAAAAAUUACUUCAAUUGAUAAGGCCUAAAAAUCUUAAAGAAGUGAAAAGGUUUAAAUAUUUUAGAUGUUACCAAUUGAAGUAAUUUUAAAGUUUUUUUUUACUUGAUCCAAUUUUGACUUUUUACAGUGUAGUGAGGAGUUGCUAUGAAUUUUAAAAAAUAAAGUUAAAAUAACUUUCUUUAUAAUUUAUAGCAAAUCCUUAGUCAAGAAAGUUUAAAUUAAUUGUAAAUGCAAGUUGAUUUAACUAAAAAAUGUAUGUGGAAGAAUUUUUUAACAAGGAAUUUUUACAGUGUACACCGGUCAUAAAUGGAACUUAACGGUCACCUUGGGCGAUACCCUGUCAAAACGUACACAUUUGCAUCUAAAGUUAGCCAAUGUUUACAUAACCGUACCUGAAUGGUACAUACUAGGACAUUUUAAAGGGUUCGGCCCGGGUGACCAUUAUUUCUGACGGUGUGUAACGUAUUCAACCGCAGUAUGAGCUGUCAGGUAACUCUUGGAUGCUGAUCUAUCCUAACAUUCCCUUUUACUAAUAUGCCCACAGUAUGAUGUUUAUUGCUAAUGUUUACCAGUAUAAUUUUGUCUU